GUCACCUGAACGUACGUUCGGUUAGGUCAGUUAUCGCGGGAUCACGAAUUCUCGAUCCUUGGACUUGUUCCGCACGUAUCGUCAAUUACACAAAUUGCUGUCAUUUGGAUCAGACGUAAUGUAAAGUCCGGCUUGUAACUGAUGGAUAUUAAUUACCAACGUCUGGCAAUGCGAUUAUUCAAACGCAACAUGAGUUGAGCUCGGAUCCAUAGGUUCGCUAAAUCCAAAUAUGCGGAUCAGUCACCCCUGCGGGGACUUUAAAAAUCAAUCCACGAUCGUGUUACACGUGACGUCUCUUCAAACAUAUCUCUCCGAGGUGUCCCGUUCGGCUUUCUAUCUCGCUCGUCGAGUUCCUCGGAGAGCAUCCACGUGGAAAGAUGUAUGCACGUGACCAGGCGAACACGCUAGCGCGCCAAUCGCAGCUCCAUGUUUGGCGAUCUCUACUACGGGGAGAGAGCCAAGAAGUGAGUUAACGGCGAUGGAGCUUCCUUCUGAGACAGUACCGAUCCGAUCGCGUUUGCACUAUCGUUGCUGGGCUCUUGCUCAGCACGCACUCUUUUUCAUCAAGUUCUCGUGCGAGAGUUUUUCCUCGAGGAUCUCUUUUCUAGUGUUAAACAGGCGUAAAAGUGUGCACCAUGGGUACUGCGGCUUCGAAUCGUCAGAGAGACCCAGAAGAGUCUGAAGAGAUGCAACGGUGUCCGUACCUACAUGAGAUGAAAGAGCGCUUGCUCUCCCAGCCGACACCAACAGAUAGCCUGGACAUGGAACGACUCGACGGUGGUACUCCUGUUAAGGAGGCUAAUUUGCACAACGAUUAUCCGGCGCAUAUGAAUCCAGGUGUGAUACCCGAACCCCCGGAAAUGCCGCCGGAUUCUCUGAUCGGUACCGUUGUAAAGCUGAACUCCGAUGGCUACGGCUCGCACACGUCGCCAGCGCAUGCGAGGCAGCCCCUAGUUCCACAGAAUGCGAAUAACCCACCCCUCUGCUUCACUCCUACAUAUUCCGGUUCAGCUAAUGGCAUGGUGCCAAAGAAUGCGAAAACGUCGCUCUUCAUCAUCAUGAGCUUCAUCUACUCGAAGCUGCUCGUAGUCGUGUGCAUCGCUUACGUGUUAAGCGAAGUGGUGACGCACAAACUGCCGUUGUACUAUUACGAGGGAUUCUUCACGUAUCUUUAUGGCAUGAGUAUCCUAUUCCUGCUGUACGUCUUCUGCUUCCUCCUUCAAGAGAGUGCUUGCUGUGCCAGGGGAAGCGAUACGCCACCACCACCACCAAGACCGCCCAAAUCUGGUUGGACCUCCAAAGAAUCUAAGGAAUCUAAGGACAAGAAGAAGGAUAAGAAGGAUAAGAAGGAAAAGGAUCAGAAGCAGCCAAAGACCAAAAAGGAACCUCAACCUCAGGAUGCGACCGAUGUUGAAGCUGGCGUAGCUACGCGAGUCUUGCGGAAACGAAAAACUUCACAAAAUGAUCAUAGUCAUGGAAGCUUCUUCCUUAGAAUUGGUGCAAUAGCAUUUGGACUGGGUACAAUGGUACACAACGGUUUGGAAUUCGGUACAUUCUUCGAGGUGCCACCCACAUCACCCUGCUAUCAAAUACUACAAGGCGUCAAUCCGGUGUUGCAAAUGAUCUUCACUUUUAUGCAGAUGUACUUUAUCUUCAUGAACUCUCGAUUGAACAUCCAUCGCUUCAAAGUCAUCGCUCGCUUUGGUCUGAUGCACGUGGUCGCGACGAAUAUCUGCGUGUGGAUACGCACACUGGUUCUGGAGAGUCUCAAGGAGAUCACUCAGUAUCAUAAAAGAAUAGGCCAAGUUCAAGCAGGGAUUCUCGAGAGCAUCAAGCAGCACUCGAUGCGAAACGCAGGGGCCAUAUUGGGUACCGAGCCGCGGCACACCGACAUGGCACAAUUACGAGAGGCCCCUCUUAUAAGGUCGACCGCCGCGCCGACCGUCACCAGCACGCUCGUAACAGUCGGCACUGCCCUGGGUCGCGUGAUGACAACAACGGCCAGAUCGAUCGCGGACGCGUUUACCUCGCCAUCUACGACGUCCACCUCGACUACCUGGACGACCCCGUCGACAACCACGCCGUCGACCACCACCUUCGCAUUGCCUAAUCUGACGACCACCACGGCGACAACCUUGUCCACUCUCUUGACCACGUUUACACCGUCGACGACCAGCACCACCACCACUACCACCACCACCGAGAGAAUCACCACUAUCCCGACUACAACGAGUACCAGCACCACCUCGACUACCACGCCGUCCACUACCACGUUCUGGUCGCAGAUGGUAGAGCUGAUGAACUCGCCGCAGAGUGAAAUAGAUAAUCAAGUACCGCAAAUCUUUGACGUGAGCAAUUUGACGAAUAGCAGCGAGUACUGGAGCUCGAAUUUAGGUAUCUACGCGGAAGCUCUAACAGGAGAGGAUGGCACGGUAUCCAAUUCAUGCGGACGCGUCAAUAUCAUGGGAACGAUCGUCCAAGAUGCAGCGCCAUAUCUAUUUCCGUUCAUAAUCGAGUACAGCCUGGUUGGAGCAGCGGUGAUUUAUGUCAUGUGGAAGCAUAUCGGCCGACAUCCGCGCUGGCCUCAUCUGGCAGAGGCUGACCUUGAACGUCGUCUUGAGGCUAUGCUAUCUCGAAGAGCCGUCGCUCUUGCUCAUGCAGGUCACACCAGAGUCGACUGCGUUGGGGCGAGCAAAGGUCUCUUCUUCGGUCUGCUUCUUCUGGUUGCUUCCCUUAUAUGCCUGAUACUGUUCUUCGUGCUGAUUCAUCAUCCAGACUUCGGAUUACUCGCGAUUUAUCUCGCCGAUGUGUCCCACUGCGUCCUAAUGGCAUUAUCUAUCAUCGCCAUAAUCAUCGGCUUCAUCCGCGUGCAAAGUCUCAAGUUCAAGGCCGAGGAGCAGAGCGAUCUCAAUGACAUCCUCCUGCGCGUCUCCGCUUUCGGUCUCUUCAUCUACGCCGUCUUCAGCGUGAUCGCCGGCUCCCUGGCGGCCUUCACGCACGAACCGAAUCUACUGGUGAUGGUAACGGGAUUGCUUUCGGUCGCCCAGGUGGUCCUUCAGAUGCUCUUCAUCGCUGACGUAUCGCGCAGGCGAGUCCAUUUGCCGGAGCACGAUCGCAGCAAGCCCGGUAGACAGGUGGUCACUUUCCUGUUGAUCUGCAACGUGACCAUGUGGGUGAUCUACACUUUCGAGACCCAGAAGGUCUUUGCUAAUCCGGUGCAGCUUGAUUUCUACGGGUACCUCGCUUGGGCCAUUGUGCAGAGGGUCACCCUGCCGCUGUGCAUCUUCCACAGGUUCCACAGCGCCGUGACGCUGGCCGAGAUCUGGAAGACUAGCUACAAGGCGCGUCUGGAGUAGACGAGCGGGGAGUCCCGUCAUAGUCAAUCGUCCGGAAUGAUCGUCGGUUGGAACGAAAGAGCGAGCACAAGCAGGUCAGGAUGCUCGACGACUUCGAUUUCGUACAUCGAUUUCGGGUCUCGAAAAAAAGCUGAAGAUUGAGAAGGAAGAGAGAGAAAGAGAGAGAGAGGGAGAGAGAGAGAGAGAGAGAGAGAGAAAGAGAGAAUAGAAAAUCGAUUGGAAAGAUCGACGGACGGAAAAAUUGCAAAAAAAUGACGGAUCAGCCGGAAUAGUCGAACAUAUACAGCGUGUCUGACACGCUCGUUGCACGAAGAAAUCUUCGGAUGAUAUCCAAGUCGUUGAUAAUUGUUAACAGUUCCAAGAAUUCAAGUUGGAAGUUGAAGAUAUAUCUCGUUGAGAAACCCUUUUAUCGACAUCUGAAGAGGCACACUUCAGUGAAUACAAUCAAGGUCGAUCUGACAUCCUCGAAGAGGAGCUCUCGCGUAAAGUGGAGCCAGAUAAUGCUCGUGCCGAAUCGCAAACUGUUUCUUUGUCUCCUGUUUUAUAUAUAUGUUGUAUUUUUUUCUCUUCUUUAUUUACGUUGUUCUUAGCAUUGGUCAGUAGAGACAACAAGGAGAAGGACGGAUCAAUGACAACCUAGACGAUCUUGACAAAUCUUUGUCAAUCAGACAGGCUUUUGCCGCAAUUUCGGCAUAAACGAAGCACAAAACAACAACAGCAACAACAACAACAAAAAUGUUAGCGCAUACGCAUUUCCCUUCACCGCGUUUCUCCACCGUACACGAUCUCUAUAUACUGCCACCAAAUUUUCUACUUUUAUAUGUAUCGUAUAUGUACCCUCGCCCCAUUGUGCAUUAUCAAGAGCAUUGUAGACAAAUUCGGUUCGACUCGCGGGAAUUUAGAUUGUUCGAUAUAUUUCCCGGAAUUUUUUCUUAUUUCAUUCAUUACGGAUAUUGUCGGAUCGCUGUGAUAUACUUUUGUGAAAAACUUGAGUCGGCGUUGGCGGCGAAUCUCCUUCUAUUCGUACGUUAACGUAUAAUCUUUAACUAAAUACUUGAUAUUUUUAUAAGUCAUCGAUAUUUAGCGGACGAGAUUAGCCUCUAAGUUUAUCGUGUUUGGUUUACGCUCUCCAAUAUACGUACAUUUUACGAGACGUUAAUUAAUUCGGAUUAUUCGAAUUAUAUCAGAAAUCGUCGUAAAUAUCAAUUAGCUGACCGUCGAAGGCGAACGGCUUCGUUUCCGCAUUUUAUCGAAAUAAUUUCACGGUCGUAAAAGAUAGUGUGAGGGGAGCUCUUACAUUACUUCAUCGAUGCACACUAUGACGCGUGACAUAGUCAUCGCGACUGAAAAACGAACGAAACUGGUCGUGGUUGUAUUCUUCGCGCGAUCAAAGUCUAACUGCGGAAAUCUCAAGAGAGGCUCGACGAGGAACAAGAUAAUUUCGUGGCGUUGUUCGCUUAACGAGAGCAAAUCGAGCGACGCGUCUCGGUCUCGCGAAAGAUCCUCUCGUUCUCGAAACGCUUCUUUAUUCAAAAAAACGCGAGUGCUUCCUCGCAUUCAAGAGCGCGUAAUUAGCGAGAGAUCCGUCCCUUCAAAAGGGACAUUUGCACCCGCGAGAUCUCAAUCAUUGUUUCCCCCCGUUGCGUGCCGGGCAGAGUACAAAAUUGUUUUUGAAAUUUUUCGAAUCCCUUUAUCGACACUUUUCAAACAGUCGCGUACUUCGAAAAUGAACACGCCGACGACAUCGUGUGUACCUUCGUCGUAUCUUCAUCGCGAGCAGUUGGCUCACGCGCACAUUUAAAGAACAACGUUGAACGAGGAGUCAAUGAAGGAAGGAGACCCGUUUUCGAAGCCAACACGAGCGAUUGUGUAUAGAGAGUAUUUUAUUUCAGACUCGCCGAGGUACUCUGAAUGGCAUAUUCUCAAAGAGUUUUCGCGAACGUAAGCGGAAGUUACGCUCGACGAUGCAGAUUGUGUGACUAAAACGUACGUUAAGAGCAGCGCGAAGGAAGUCGAUGAUGACCUGCGUCAAAAAGGCUUAUUUUUGGGUGAAAAGCGAUUCGUACGUGUUUGUCGUUUCAACUAAUUAUUCUGGCAGAUGGUACGAUGUUUGAACGUCAAAGAGAUUUCCAUUGUGAAUGGCUUAAUUCUUUGAGGGGCGACGGUGCAGCUUGUGUACUUCUCACGUAUAAGUCACAGUAUAAAUGUAUUAGGUGCCACGACAUUUGUGCGUUUCUAUGUUGGUGCGAUGUGGUUUAAUUUGUGAACUACAGUGCCUAAGUUUCACUCUAGUACUGCUACUCUCUUUCGGAGAGACUCUGCACAAAAUACGCUGACUUUUUCGCGGCCCCUGAAAGAGUUAAGAAGGGAGGAGAGAACUACUCGGGGGUAGAGAAAAAAAAGAAAACGAAGACUAAUAAUCGGUACACGCGAAUAGAGGAGCUCGCACACCACUCACGAAAUAUAAGAGGUAAUUAUUCUCAUCAUUAUUGAUUAGUGUUUAAGCCUAUCUCAAAGAGAUAUCGAUCUUUCGCAUUUACUUCGCUAUUGAUAUCGUAUGUAGAUCGUUGAGAAAAGAUAACGUUCAUCGUAUAGAGAAAUUAUACUUUGUGAAUUCCUCCACAAAUCCUUGUGAAAAUACUCCCUUCUCCUGAGAAUGAAGCACACGUUGAAUUUUAUUUAAUAAAAUUUAUACUAACUACACGUAAAUUUUAUUAAAUAAAACUUUCCCGCGCGAUGAGAAAACAAUAAUAUACACGGCCCGCUCGAAGUCUCCUAACGGAAAUCAUAAUUAUACACCAGUCAACGUCUUUAGCUUGCAAAUUUUAAUUAUUAGAAAUAAUAUAAAUAAUAAGUAACGCGCUCGCGUGCGCGAAAUGAGAGAAAUGUUGUUGCACCACAAGCUUACUAAAACAGCCGUUAAGUCGAUUAAACAAUUAUAAUCCAAGGACGAUAUUAUUAAAAAGUAAACACAAUAUAAAUAUAUAUAGAUAUAAAUAUGAAUAUAUAUAUACAUUAUGAAGACUUGUACUAAUUUUGAUGUGCGCAGCUGUAGUUGGAGUGUUGCGUGCGAUAUGUAAAUAAUAAUAGCCACUCUUCGUCAGCGAAUUAUUAUGCAGCAGAGUGUCUAUGAAAUGAAAACAUCAUUACAUUGCCAACAGAGAGUGCAUAAGUUCAGAAUUGUGCACGGACAAUUUUUUAAUCUUUUUCAAACUGUUAUUCUAAUUUAAAAAAUUUUGCUGAAGGUAUAUAAGCUGAAUUUCGCAGAAUUAUACAUGUGGCAAAAAGUACAUAAUGUGUGCAUUUUAACUUAGAAAAAAUAUAUUAUAGGUAUAUCAGUACAAAGAUUAUAAUGCGUAUAAACUUCUAUAAAUCAAAACAACACUCAUGCAUGUCCCAUACUUUAGUCAUUAUAGAUUUAAUUAGAAAAAAGUAUAGGUGAAUCAGCUUGUAUGCGCGAUAAUCUGUUACGUUAAUUAAUGCAAUUAAUGUUAUUAAUUAUUGUUAUUUUUGCACGUGAAACUUGUCUCUCUCACAGAGUUUAACGACGUGUUUUGAGACAAGUUUUAUUUGCAAAAAUCUGUGAAAAUCUUUUUUGUUUCAUCGACACUCUGCGUGAUCACGUCACAGAAGGGACAAAAAAUCCACGUGCGAUAGCACAGCGAAAAAUCACCACAGCGUUAAAUUAAUUAACAAGAAUAACAAGGCACUGCCACACCGGACCAACAAAGCCGAAACGAAUGACAGAAGAGAUUCUGAAAGGAAACAGAGGAAAGAUACGCGCAAAUGCAGAAAGAGAACCAAUAAUCCUUAAUUGAUUUCCCGAAAAGAGAAAAGCUAUAAAAAGGAUAUAUAUGAAACUGAGACCCUUCCACGUUUAACGAAUGUGAACGAAUGCGUAGUUCCGAUAUACGUAUGCGUGAUUGGAGAGUGAGAGAAGAGAGAAAGAGAGAGAGAGAGAGAGAGAGCGAGCGAGCGAAAGAUAGGCAGAAGGAAGACGAACGGAAGAAUACGUGAAACGUUUUUCUUCGGCAAACAACGUCUUUGUAUACUCUAACCCGUGUUGUAAGGAGAAAAAAAACCACUCUCUUGUAUAUGUACAUCAAUAUCUCGAUAGUAGCCGUAAGCCUAACUAGUGAGUCGCGGAUUUGCGAUAGGGCCAACGAAAUGAACACAACUGAGAUUCGCCCGAUUUAAUUGCAAAUUAUGCGAUUGUGUUAAUUUACUUCUUUUCUUUGUUUAUUCGCAAUCACAGAAUUAUUCAUGCAAAUUUGUCGCGCAAGCGUAUUUUUAUUUAUUAUAUAAGUUUUUAUUUACAUGUAAAUCGCGUAUUUUUUUACACGUAAUUAAUGACCUUCUAGAUCUAAUAAAUCAAUUAAAUUGUACGUCCUCGACGUUGUGAAAGCAAUCACAUUUUUUUAAAUAGCGGUUUUAUUCUAAUUACGUUCCACAUUUAUUGAGUUGAUAGUACGUUUGCAGCCACUUCGUACAUACUUCUAUAACUUUACCAAGUCGCGAAUCCGUAAGAAACAGACGAAAAAAAGGACAAAAGGAAUUUGCAUAUGCAUACGUGCCGGAAGCAAAUCCGCGACGCAUUAUUAUUUAACAUAAUGUAGUGAGUUUUCGAUGUCUUCGAGUAUAAUUACAAUUUGUACACGUAUACACGCAGUUUUAAGCAACAGAAUCCACAUACCAACACACAAUACACAUACACACACACAGAUACACACACGUGCGCACAAGUGACAUCACUCAUGGAUUUACCAGAGACACAUCGAGGAGGAAGCGAGGACAAUGGAAGGCACAGGAACGGAAGAAGUUAACGUUUCGUCGGAGCAGGCGAUAAUGACAGGCGGAACACAAAGAAAUAAAAUAAAAUAAAAUACAGUAAAAGUAUAAAUUACAUGUUGUGGUGUAAGCAGUUCUUCGAAUGUCGAGUAGCGACGAAAUACGUCUGUAAAUUCAUAAAUUCGCUCAUUCAUCGAUUCCUAUUUUCAUUGUAUACCGUUAAAACCAGUUUCAUUGUAAUCCGAGUUACAUCGGUAUGUCAUCGUUGCCGCAUCAUUUGUAACGAUACACGAUUAUAUUGGUUAAUAAAAGUUAUCUAGACGUAA